GGAUGAAGGAAGUGGGCCAACAGCAACAGCUUGUGCUCUUUCCUCUACCCUCUCAAGAAAGGCAAGUCCUGAGAUAACUACGGUACAGGAACAUUUGAAAAAGUAGAAAAGGAAAGCAGAGGGGUCAUCCAAAAUGGCUAAAGAUAUAAUUCUGAAAUGAGAAAAGCAGGUAAUUGCUGGCCAACCAAACAUAUCCUUGUACCUUGUUCAUUAUUUAUCUUUGAAUCAAAGUCAGAUUAGUUAGAUGGAUUUGCUAGAGUCUCCACAGAAGGAAUCCUAAAUAGGUUCAAAAGACACGCCCAUUAUGGCAGAAAUUAAUGGGUAGUGCCUUUUUUUUCCUUUGCUUUAUUCUCCCCCUACAAACUUCUCCUACACCUUUCAUGGUGGAUAUCAGUCCCUGUUUCAGGCCAUUUUCCCUCCUUGAAACAAGGCUAUGGGGAAAGGAGUUGGACCCCCCACAGCCUACCCCACUCCCCAUCCCCUUUCCCUCCUUUCCCUCCUUUCCCUGUGAAGAAUGCAAUGUUUUUGAACCCGGCCCGGUGGCUGGCCCGGUUUGGCCACCGGGUCCGGUUCAACCGGUUCAACCGGCCGGGCCGGGCCGGGUUUUAAAACACUGGAAGAAUGGGAUAAUUUGGCCUCAAGAGAAAGCUAUGGGUGAGUGAAAAAUGCCAAUGGUAUUUUGCCUUGUUCGUAUCAGUUUAGCCCAAUGUAUGUUUACCAGUGGGCCAAACAACCUUUCUUUCUAAGUAGGUUACUUCACUUUUCCAUGGCCAAAUUCAUUUAAUAAAAGAGAAAAAGAAAAAAGGAAGGAGAACGGAGAAAUUUUGGAACAACAUUUCUCAUGGCAAAAGUCUGCAUCAAGAAUCUAAAAUGCCAAUGUUUUAUAGACUUUAACUUUUUAGGGCAUAUGCUUUGGGUAAUUAUUGAUACAAUUGAAAGGAAUUCACCAAUGCUAGGUGGCACCUUUCAUAAUUAUAUUACUGUUUUGUUUGGCCUUAUUGUAGCUUUUGAAAGAAAAAACUAUUGAUUAG